CGAAAAAUAUAAAAUCAGACGCUUUAGCAAUAUUUUCAUUAUUAGAAAAGUUUACACAUCUAAAAAGCUUAGAAUUUUUCGUCAAACCAGCAUGAAAAUUUUCGUGUUCCUUUUAUUGGGCGUAGCAGCUGUCAGCUCUCUCGAAGCUGAGAGACUCUGGAACAAAUUCAAGGUCGAUUUUCAAAAAAAUUACCAAAAUGUUGAAGAAGAAACCAAUCGUUUCCAAAUCUUCCAAGACAAAUUACGCGAAAUCGAAGAACACAACGCCAGAUACGACAGGGGAGAGGUGAGCUAUUACUUGGGCAUAAACCAGUUUUCGGAUUACACUCACGAAGAGUACCUAGCCAUGCUCAAUUUGCACAAAAAAGGUCCCUCUCCGCCGCCUACGAGCCUUUUCACAAUUCCCGAAGGAGUCACCCUUCCCGACUCAAUCGACUGGAGAGAGAAAAACGUAGUAGCCGAAGUCAAGAACCAAGGAGCAUGCGGAUCUUGUUGGGCUUUCAGCUCAACCGGCGGACUCGAAGGACAAUACGCCCUGAAACGCGGCAAAUUAGUGUCGUUGAGCGAACAAAACUUGCUGGAUUGCUCCGACGCUUACGGCAACGGAAACUGCUCAGUCGGUGGACUCAUGACCUACGCCUUCAACUACGUCAAGGACAACGGCAUCAACUCCGAGGCGGCUUAUCCUUACGAAGCCAAGCAAGGACCAUGUCGGUACAAUGCUCAAGAAUCGAUCGUCCACAUCAGUGGAUACGAAGCCAUACCCAAAGACGAGAUAUCUUUGAAAUAUGCCGUUGGUCUCAACGGUCCGAUAUCAGUAGCAGUAGAUUUUUCUCAUGCUGGCGGCUACGCCGGGGGAAUUUACAGCGAUUCCAGUUGCAGCAACAAGCGCGAUGAUCUGAACCACGGUGUAUUGGUGGUCGGGUACGGCAGCGAAAACGGGAUGGAUUAUUGGAUUAUUAAAAAUUCGUGGAGCGCGAAUUUCGGCGAAAAUGGCUACAUCAGAUGGCAGAGAAACGCAAACAAUUUGUGCGGUAUCGUCGAUGAUGCUUCUCGACCAUUAGUAAUUUGAUUCUCGUAAUAUAAUUACGUUUGCAUUAAUUAA